AUGUUUGAAGUGAUUGUAUUGGGAAGUUCUGGUGGUCCUUUUGAAACACAAACACAAUGUUUUUUGGUAAGAUUGAAUAAUUGCAACAAUAAUGAUAGCAAUAACGAUGAGUAUAUAUCCUUUGAUGGUGGGUGUGGGUUAAAUGCGAUAGCUAAAUUAUUUACCGUUGAAAAUAAAACUUAUACCCCAGAGAUCGAUUUAUACUGUACAACUACCACAAAUACCAGCAAAAUGAUGGAUUUAAUCACUGAUAAAUCCGUUAAUGUAAUUUUAAAAUCACCUGACAUAAAAACAAGCCAGAACUCAAACAUUUUAUCCAAAACGUUACAAUUUUAUGGAAAAAUUAACAAGUUCUUCAUAACUCAUGCUCAUUUGGAUCAUAUUAGUGGGUUUAUUAUCAAUACACCAAUACUAUACGAUCAAUUAUACAAUGAUUUAAAUCAACAUACCACAAAUAUGCAGAAAACGUUGUAUGGUUUAGAGACCACUGUACGACCCAUCACAGAGAAUAUAUUUAAUUGUAAGAUAUGGCCGAAUUUAUUAGCUAUUAAAACGAAUAGCGGUGAUGCAAAAAUAUCCAGUGAAAUUUUGAUACCAGGGAAAGAAUAUGUUCUAUCUUCUUCCCUUAGGAAAAAUGAUGCAUACAGUAUAGUAACUUUGCCCUUAAGACAUGGAACCAGCAUAACCACGGGGGAGAUAGUUUUUAGUAGCGUAUACAUUUUAUUCAAUCAUCUUUCAAGCGAGAUGCUUUUUGUUUUUGGCGAUUGUGAAAGUGAUCCUACGUAUUUAAAUCAGGUUUGGGAGUAUGCUACUAGUAAAACUUCUUUUAAAAUUAAAGGGAUAUUUAUUGAAUGCUCAAUGCCGGAUGAUCCUAGCGCAAUUAACGAUCCUAAUGAUCCAAACAAUGGUGCUGAACUGUACGGCCAUAUGUCGCCUUAUUAUUUAAUUUGUGAACUAGAAAAAUUGAUCAGGAAGAUCCAAAGUAAAGGUAAUACGCCAUUUAUAUUAAAUAUUUUCAUAACGCACGUUAAACAAAAUACAUUAGCAAUGGCAACAAGUAAUACCGAUAAUUAUAGUUAUAACCCUAAACUGCUAAUACUUGAACAAUUGAAAUGUAAUGCAAGAAAAAGAAAACUAGAUAAGAUUUUGAAGUUUUCAAUUUUAAUGAAUGAUUAUACCUAUUAUGUUUGA